AUGACUACAUCCACCGUCGAGCUGCAAACUAUCAUGUCCGCUUCUCUCGGGCCAGAAGACUGCAUCGACUUCUACGAGAACCCGUACACGGCUCUGGAGAAGCUUCAAGAUGCUGGAAAAGUCAAGGAGAUGGUUUCAAAGGUGAUGAGAGAAACACCAGCCGAUGGAAGCAUCAACGACAUCGACUGGCGUCAAUACGAACCUCCCACGGCCCUCAGAAAGACGCCCAACGUCACAUCGCAGAUCCUCCUUAACAUCAUCUUCUCUUCGAUCGAGAAUGUCAAACGCCGAGUGGCUGAGGAGCAGCGUAUAAAAGCGGAGGCCGCGGAGGAGGCUGCUCGUCGGACGGCGGAAGGGAAGCACAAGGCCAAGGGAAAGGAGCCGUAUCUGCCCAUUGUCAUUGCAUCCGAAGAACCGCCACUCGCCGAGCCAUCAAGGACCAGUGCCAACGGCCCGGCACAGAGCUUGACCGCCCCGGGUGACCAGGGAGCACCAACCAAGGAGGAAAAGGUCGAGAAGCGUCGCAAGUUUGCUCUUCGCAGGCUGUUCCAGCGCAAUCUGGACAGGGGUGAGAGCAGCGCGGCCGGGUGUGCUCGAGAAGCUCUUCGAAACAAAGUCGAGACCCAGAUCCAGUCCGUUGAUCCGAAAUCGGCCGAUCGCAAGGCGUUGGAGGCGAUUGCUGCGCUCAGAAAGACCAGGCUGUUCAAGCCUGCGGAUGCGAAUGCCGUUGUAGAAUGCAUUUCGUGCCUCGACGACGUCGCUGUGAAAGACACAGUCAAGGUUCCAUGUCAUAACUAUUGCCGUGACUGUUUCGUUCGUUUGGUAUCAGCAGCAGUUCAAAACGAGCAGCAGUGGCCGCCAAAGUGCUGCUUGAACCAGAUCCCCUUCAAGACCGUUCUCAAGAACAUCCCCGAAGAGCUCAAGAAGAGGUUCCGCGAAAGGUCGUCAGAAUGGGGAAUCCCCGUCAGCGAGCGGGUGUAUUGUCACAACGCGGACUGCGGCGUCUGGAUCAAACCCGGCCGCAUCAGCCUCGUCAGGCGUCAGGCCCGCUGCGAGCAUGGCCAUGUCACCUGCAUCAUCUGUCGCGGCCAAGCACACGGCAACGACGAAUGUCCCCAAGAUCAAGACUUGCAUCUGACCAAGUUGCUGGCAGAGGAAGAAGGUUGGAAGCACUGUUACUCUUGCCGUGCUUUGGUGGAACAUAAAGAGGCCUGUCAACAUAUGACGUGCAGAUGCGGUGCUCAAUUCUGUUACGUCUGCGGCCUGCGGUGGAGGACAUGCGGUUGUACGAUGGAGCAGCUACACGCCAUCAAGGAUGCGGCCGAAGCCCGCAGGGCACAGAGGCUGGUGGAUGAGCGGGCGGAGGCAGAGGAACUGCGCGAGAUCCUCGCUCAGAUUGAGGAGUUUGAGCGUCAGGAGGCUUGGAGGCUAGAGAGUGAACGGCUGGAGCAGGAAAGGCUGGAGUUGGAACGUUGGCAGGCUGAAGUCGAAGAGAGGCUCAGGGUAGAGCAGAUUCGCCGCCAGGAGAUUGGAAUCAAGUACCAGCAGCUGCGCGAGAUGCUGGAGGGACUUAACGAGCUCCAGCAGAUCAUGGCCGAUUCGAAGCAAGACGAGAGCGCCCGAGAUCUGGCCGUAGAAGCCGAAUUGGCGAAGAAGCACCUCGAGGAGAAGCAGCAGGCCGAGCGCGAGAGUCUCGACUCGCUGUUGUCGAUCAAGCUCAGAGCCAGGGAGGAUCGAUACGAGAAAGACUACGCUGCCCGAGCGGCCCUGGAGUAUCAGCUGGUGGAGGAUUACCUGGCGCAGCUCCGCAGCUUCUGGGCCGACAAAGCCGACGGGGGCGAGGAACGGGUAGUACAGGCAAGCAUGCUGCCCUUGCGCCAGCGCAUGGAUCUGGCGCACCGGACGUGGCAGAGAUGGAGGGACGACCAGUUGCAGCAUUACCGGAGCAAGCUUGAUGAGGAGCGGACUGUGAAGGAGGAGCUCAUGUACAGCUCGAGGAAGAGAAUGGACGCAUUGCAUGUGGACAAGGAGACGGAGCUGGCGAGGCGGAUGGUGGCGGAGAAGAAGUGGAUUGAAGAGGUGUUUCUGGAGAGGGAGCGGCUGCUUGUUGGGAUGGAGCUUCAGGAGACGGAGGAUGAUGCGGAUAGUUUGUUUGCUGCUUGA